CCGUCCGAACGGAACACCGUUCCAUAGAUUUUCCGUUUAGCUACGUCUGAUGGCUCACAGUUUCCGCAGCCACUCGUUUCGUUUGCCACCCGAAAAUAAAUCCACCGUAUAUACAUGUACAUACAAAUUCUUUUAAAGAAAGGAAAAUCACAUCGAUUUUAUUUUAACUUUUUUUCUUCCCGGAUUCCCACGCAUCUAACUGAAUUAAUUAACGACGUGUGACGUCAGAUGCUUCGCGCGAGCACACGUGUCGUCGGCGGCGGCCGCCGGCGAGCCCUCAUGGCCUCCUCCUCCCUCCUCGCCGCCUUCUCCUCCUCCUCCUCCUCCGCCUCCGGUCUCCCGCCCAAGCCCCGCCCUCCCGCCUCCGCCUCCGCCUCCGUGCCCGCGCGGCCGCGGUGGUUCCGUCGCCUCACGCUCGCCCGGGCCGCCGCGGGCCGGGACCCGGAGACGGAGCCGCCGGCGGCGCCCCCGGAGGAGGCCGAGAGGAGGUCGCUCGCGGUGAGGACGGGGGAGCUGUUCCUGGGCCUGGCGGCGCUGCUGGUGCGCGCGGGAAGGGGCGGGGCGGCGGCGGUGGAGGAGGUGGAGGCGAGGGACGGGGUGGUGUGGGAGCAGCGGCCCGAGGACGUGGAGGCGGAGCGGCGGCGGCGGGAGCUGACCAGCCCCGGGUUCAGCUUCUCCGCCGCCGGGCUGCUCUUCCCCUACCACCUCGGCGUCGCGCAGUGCCUCAUCGACAGGGGCUACCUCACGGAGAGAACUCCGUUAGCUGGUUCAUCAGCUGGUGCCAUAAUCUGUGCAGUGAUUGCAUCUGGGAACACAAUGCAAGAUGCUCUGCAAGUGACCAAGGAUCUAGCUGAUAACUGCCGGAGCAAAGGGACUGCCUUCCGUCUUGGGGCUGUACUCAAGGACGUUCUGGACAGGUUUCUUCCAGAUGAUCUGCACAUUAGGUGCAAUGGAAGGAUUCGUGUUGCUAUUACUCGGUUGUCCUGGAGGCCUAGGGGCUUGCUGGUUGACCAAUUCGACUCAAAAGAAGAUGUAAUUAGUGCGGUUAUUACAUCCUCCUUUAUUCCUGGAUACUUAGCUCCCAGGCCUGCAACGUUCUUUCGUAACAGGCUCUGCAUUGAUGGGGGCCUUACAUUGUUUAUGCCACCCACAUCUGCUUCUGAAACAGUUCGAAUUUGUGCAUUCCCAGCCAGCCGACUAGGAUUGGAAGGGAUUGGUAUUAGUCCAGACUGCAAUCCAGAGAACAGAGCUAACCCUCGACAGCUGUUUAACUGGGCCCUGGAACCUGCUGAAGAUGAAGUUCUCGACAAAUUAUAUGAGCUUGGAUAUCAGGACGCGGCUGUAUGGGCUGACCAGAGGCCAGUUGAGUUGAUUGUUAAGAAUGAACAACCACUCCCCGUCACAGAUUGAAACGACAUCAACAAGACCCUGACUUCUUGAACCUUAUUUGGUUCUCUCGAAAGCUAACAUCUCCAUCAGUUUGACCUUGCUGUGCCCAUGGAAAUCUGUAACAUAAGUACAUAACUGCAUCAACUGUAUUUUGUUCUACCCCAGAUUUUGUUUGCUCUAGGCUACCAGUUCAAUACUUCAGUGGUUUGUAAAGUGUAACUACAACCAUGCAAGCGGGUACUGUCUUACUGGUGCCUUUGCCAUAGGUAUCAUUUGAUCCUGCAUUGUAAGGAAGAGCAGAUUUUGUCAGUAAUCAGUAAAAUUUUGUUACAAGA